AUGCCACGUCGUUCUUCCAACGCCCCUUCCAACCCCGUCGUUGCCACCAUCGACAUCGGCACGACCUCCGCUAGAUGCAUCCUUUUCGCCAAAGACGGCACCGAGGUGGCCAAGCACCAGAUCGAGUACUCCACGUCGGCGUCUGAGGCGCCUGAAACGUCUCUGAACACCGACCAGUACCGUCGUAGGUCCUCGCUUAUGCGCCACAACGAGCCCAUUUUCACCGCCGAGGGUGUGGCCAUUCUGAUCACCGACAAUGUCGAAAUUGAGAACAAUGCUGCUUCCUUGGGUCCUACCCUUCGUUUCCCGCAACCGGGUUGGGUCGAGUGUAUGCCCGUGCACAUCUUGGCCAACGCCGUGGAGUGCUUGGUGGCGUGUCUUAUCACGUUGCGUAAAAUCAACCAGAACCCCGACAUCAAGAUCAAGUACAAGGUCAAGUGCAUUGGUAUCGCCAACAUGCGUGAAACCACGCUUAUAUGGCACAGAAAGACAGGAAAGCCUUUGUGCAACGGUAUUACCUGGACAGACACCAGAACGGCCGAGAUUGUGGAGCAUUUGGAGCACAUGACCGACAAGGAGACCAAGGACGCCAUGCACGAGAAGACAGGCUUGCCAUUGUCGACCUAUUUCUCUGCUGCCAAGGUCAGAUGGCUUUUGGACAAUGACGACACCAUCCGUGAGGAGUACGACUCUGGCGAAGGUAACUUGAUGUUCGGUACCGUCGACACCUGGUUGAUCUACCACUUGACCAAGGAACGCUCCUACGUCACCGACGUCACCAAUGCCUCUAGAACGUCGUUCAUGAACUUGGAGACCCAGGAUUACGACGAGGAAUUGCUCGAUUUUUGGGACAUUGACCCUGAAAGAAUCCAUUUCCCCAAGAUCGUCUCUUCUUCCGAGCACUACGGUUCUUUUGCCGCUCCUAACCUUUCCCACUUGGGUUUCCACAACAAGAUCACCCAGGACGCCUACGACAUGUUGAAGACCAUCUACAACGUGCCCAUUUGCGGCUGUUUGGGUGACCAGUCGGCCUCGUUGGUGGGUCAGAUGGCUGUGAAACCCGGUUCUGCCAAAUGUACCUACGGUACCGGUUGUUUCCUUUUGUACAAUACGGGUGUUCGUAAGUUGAUCUCGGACCACGGUGCCUUGACCACGUUUGGUUUCUGGUUCCCUAACUUAGACGGCGAAGACGGUAAACCACACUUUGCGCUAGAGGGUUCCGUUGCCGUUGCUGGUUCCAUUAUCCAGUGGUUGAGAGACAACUUGAAGCUUAUUGACAAUGCCAAGGACAUUGGCCCAUUGGCCUCGCAAGUGGACAACUCCGGUGGCGUCGUUUUCAUUCCUGCCUUCUCUGGUCUCUACGCUCCUUACUGGGACCGUGGUGCCAGAGGUACCAUUUUCGGUAUGACCCAAUACACUUCAUCCUCUCAUAUUGCCCGUGCCGCUCUUGAAGGUGUUUGCUUCCAGGUGCGUGCUAUCUUGAGAGCCAUGGCUGAGGAUGCUGGUGGAUCGAAGGAUUUCUUGGAAGAAGCCAUGAGCACCCAGGCUGAGAAAUCGCCAUUGUCGACUUUGGCCGUUGACGGUGGUAUGUCCAAGGCUGACGAAGUUCUUCAAAUUCAGGCUGACAUUCUUGGGCCCUGUGUGGAUGUCAAGAGAGCUGAAAACGCCGAGUGUACUGCCUUGGGUGCAGCCAUUGCCGCUGGUCUAGGUCUCAAGGACGAGAAUGACCGUUUGUGGAAGAACUUUGACGAGGUGAUUGAAUGUUUGAGCGGCAAAGACGGCGACUCCAACAAAUUCAAGGCCGUCCAGCCCGAUGCCGAGAGAAGAAAGAACUGGAAACGCUGGGAGAAAGCUAUCGAGAGAGCCAAGGGCUGGCUCGAAGAAGACCGUAAAGACGAGUAG